AGUGCCUGUAGGUGGGCGGCUCUUUGUCAGAGUCGGAGGAGCCGGCAGGCGGUACUGGCGGCUGCAGCAGGGACAGCGGUGGCUCCGGCUGCAGGUAGGAAACAGAGCAGAGAUCCUGGAGCCUAAGGGACCUGGCAUCCUAAGUCAAGACUUCAGAGUGCACACCCCAAAAAUCCUACUGCCCUAUUGGACUCUGCAGCUUCAUGGAAACCCCCAGGCCUCCACUAAGGCUCUGUCACCUGCUCAGAUCCCAUCAGUGAUGUGGAAGUGGAUACCUGCAACAGCCCCAGACUUUACCUGAGAUAACUUAGCAAGCAAAGUGAAUCACUCCCAACAAGAUCAGGUGCACAAGGGGUUGGGCAAGACCUCUCCUGACACUGCAUACUCCAGCGGUGGCAGCAGUUCCAGUCUGGUGGCGGAAAAGGACGAAGCCACUCAUUUGGAGUGGGACCAGAAUGCCUGACCGAGACAGCUACACCAAUGGCACAGGGAGCAGCAACGGAGGCUCUGGAGGUGGUGGCAGUGAGGAGACCAGUGGAGCUGGGUCAGGAGCUAAUGCAGGCAGCUCAGAUGCUAUCUGCCGGGACUUUCUGAGGAAUGUGUGUAAGCGGGGCAAACGCUGUCGCUACCGCCACCCGGACAUGAGCGAGGUCUCCAACUUAGGGGUGAGCAAGAAUGAAUUCAUCUUCUGCCAUGACUUCCAAAACAAAGAGUGCAGUCGUCUGAACUGCCGCUUCAUCCAUGGCUCCAAGGAGGAUGAGGAUGGCUACAAGAAGACAGGUGAACUACCCCCACGACUAAGGCAGAAGGUGGCAGCAGGCCUGGGCCUCUCCCCAGCUGACCUCCCCAAUGGCAAAGAGGAGGUUCCUAUCUGCCGGGACUUUCUCAAAGGGGAUUGUCAGCGUGGAGCCAAAUGCAAGUUCCGCCAUCUACAGCGGGAUUUUGAGUUUGAAACUCGGGGUGGGGGGGGCACUGGUGGAGGAGGGUCUGCAGGUCCAGCACCUGCCAACCGUCGCCAUGAUCUUUAUGACACAUAUGAUCUUUCGGACCGGGGCUUUGAGGACCAUGAGCCAUGCCCCAAGCGUCGUCGGGGAGGGGGUGGGUGCCCCCCAGAUAGUUCCCACUUUGAGACAUUUGAGUACAGCCUGGCCCCACCCCGGGGAUUGGAGUGCCGGUUGCUGGAAGAGGAGAAUGCUAUGCUCAGGAAGCGGGUGGAGGAGCUAAAGAAGCAGGUCAGCAACUUGUUGGCCACCAAUGAAGUCCUGUUGGAGCAGAACGCCCAGUUCCGUAACCAGGCCAAGGUCAUGACCCUGAGCUCCACAGCACCAGCCACAGAACAAACGUUGGCACCAAGUGUGGGCACUGUCACCAACUACAACCAUGGCAUUGCCCAGACACAUACCACACUCAGCAGCCAGGCCCUGCAGCCUAGACCUGUGUCCCAGCAAGAGCUUGUAGCCCCUACAGGUGCACCAGCUGCCCCACCAACUAAUGCAGCACCUCCCACAGCCCCUCCACCACCACCACCACCCCCUCACCUGAACCCCGAGAUCACACCGCUCUCAGCUGCUCUGGCCCAAACGAUUGCCCAAGGCAUGGCCCCUCCUCCAGUCUCCAUGGCCCCUGUGGCGGUGUCUGUUGCCCCUGUGGCUGUUUCGAUGGCCCAGCCACUGGCAGGAAUCACAAUGAGCCACACUACUACCCCCAUGGUGACUUACCCCAUUGCCUCACAGAGCAUGCGCAUCACUGCCAUGCCACACUGACCAGGUCACUGGACGCUUCUCUGAUACUUCCUCCCUGGCAAAGAGGGUGGGAGAAGAGGGCUCGUUCAUCUCUUCUCUUCAUGUGCAUAGAAGGGAGCUCGUGAGAGAAUGAGGAUAACAGACCUACAGGUACUGGGUGGUGUUCUAGAAGAGGUGAGGGAAAGUUAGAUUUUUCCCAGCCUCCUAAGAAGCGCACCUUUCCAGCUUCCCUCAAGCCAAACCAGAGGAGCCUAACAAGGGAGCCAGGACUAUGGGCUGCCAGGAGAGGCAGGGAUGACUGAAAGGCUUUUGUGUUCCCAGAAAGACUUGGCUGAUGGGAUAUUGAGCUCUCCCAAACACUGACCUCCUCCCUGCUCUCCCCCACAGCAUAGACUAGUGCUGAUUUUUGAAAAUGAGCCCAGACCCUGUAAAGCGAGAGUAACUGGGGUCAAGGAAAGUUAGAAUAUGGAGCUUUCAGACUCAGAGACUUUGGCCCAUUCUCGAUGUGAGGAUUCGUCUGGGCCCAGGGUUGGGGAGAGGAAUACCAGGAGGCCCUAAUGUUUCAGGGCAGUGGGCUAGGGAAUUGUUAAACCAGGUGGGGUUAGGAGUCCUCAGAGCAGGGCCCCACCAUUUUCCAAAGAAAUAAAAUAAUUAUUUUUAACAAAA